AUGUCUGAAGAAACGACUUGCUUUAUGCACGUGCAGGAAAUUAAAACAGAACCACCAGGAUAUUUUGAAGAAUAUAUUAAACUUGAAAUUGAGGAAGAGUCUGGUAGUCUUGAUGGCGUUAUUAAAUCUGAACUGUCACCAGAAUAUUCAGUAAAUGAUAUUGAACUUGAAAUUGAGGAUCAAUUUGAUAGUCUUGAUGGUGUUGUUAAGUCUGAAUCGUGUCCUGGGGAUGAUGACGACACGUGCCUGGAAAGAUUCAUGAAGACCGAGGUAGAAAUUGAACAGGAAUUCAUUCAGACAACCCUUUAUAAAUAUGACAGGUUUAAAAAGAACAUUGUAUCUCAUGAUCUUAAAUGUACAUAUUGUCCAAAGACUUUUCCAGAUUCAAGUCAUUUGAAGAUACAUCUCAGAAACCACGCUGGGGAAAAGCCUUGUGAUACAUCCAGAAAGUCAGUCAAUCAAUCGGAUAAUUUGGAAUGGACAGUUGGUCAGGAAGAGUCUGACAGUAUUGAUGGCAUUAUUAAAACUGUAUCGUCACCAGAAUAUUCUGUGGAAUACUUUAAAAGUGAGAUUGAGGAUGAAUUUGAGGAUCUUGAUACUAUUAUUAAGUGUGGAUCCUUUUUAGAGGAUGAUGAGAAUGUUCUGGAAAGAUUCAUGAAGACUGAGGUAGAAGUUGAAGAGGAAUCCAUUCACACAACUCCUUAUAAAUCUGAUGGGUUUAAAAAGCACAUUGUAUCUCAUGAUCUUAAAUGUACAUAUUGUCCAAAGACUUUCAUUGAUUCAAGUCAUUUGAAGAAUCAUCUCAGAAGUCAUGCCAGGGAAAAGCCUUGUGAUAUAUCUGGUAAGUUGUUCAAUCAAUUGGAUAAUUCUGAAUGGACAGUUGGUCUGAAAGAGUCUGACAAUGUUGAUGGCAUUAUUAAAACUACAUCGUCACCAGAAUAUUCUGUAGAAUACAUUAAAAGUGAGAUUGAGGAUGAAUUUGAGGAUCUUGAUUGUGAAUCCACUAAGUUGUUCAAGCAAUCAGAUAAUUUGGAAUGGACAGUUGGUGAACGUCGUUAUGCUUGCAAGUUAUGCAAUGGCACUUUUGCCCGAUUAGAGAUUUUGACCAAACACAUGGCUAAGCAGCAUAAUAAAAAACGCCUAUUUAAAUGUGAAAUAUGCAAUAGCAAAUUCACACGAUCCUGCCAAUUAUCUAAGCACAAGCUUCUUCACAGCGAAAAACUUCAUAUAUGUGAAUUAUGUGAUAAGGGGUUUACACAAUUAGAAAGUUUGAAAAUGCACAUUUAUGCACACACUGGAAAACCUGGUUUUAAUUGUGAAAUAUGUGGAAGACAUUACAAACAGUCAUGCCAUCUAAGAAGACAUAUGAUUAUCCAUACAGGUGAAAGUCGUUAUGCAUGUAAGUUAUGCAAAGGCACCUUUACACGAUCAGAAAGUUUGAGGAAACACAUGGCACUCCAUACAGGAAAACGGCCUUUUAAAUGUGAAAUAUGCAAAAAGACAUAUAUACAGUCGUGCAGUCUGAAAAAGCACUUGCUCGUGCACACUAGACGUUAG